CGGGCCAGUUGCGUCCGGAGCGUCGUCUUGUUGACUGCAGCUUGUGUUUGAGCUCUGAAGUAAAAUAAGAAAUCCCCUGUCAGCCUGACAGCGAUGUAGAGAAGCGGACCUGCCGCCGUCCAUGAGCCGUGUGUCCACUCUCCGUCCGUGUGGGCAGCGGCCACCUCGCCUGCUUCACCCUCAACGCACUGUAGUAGGAAAGAGAGAUGUGGCAGAGUGUGGGUUUAACGCUGCUGGUCAUUGUGGCCACGCUGCUCUGUGUCCUGCUGUUCAUGCUCUUUGGUUGGUAUGUGGUGUGGCAGCUGUUCCUGUCCAAGUUUAAGUUUCUGAGAGAGCUGGUGGGGGACACGGGCUCCCCCCAGGCCGAAACGGAACCCUCUGAAUCGGAGAGCGAGCGCAGCUCCCCCCCGACCCCUCGACACCGGCCCAAGACCGCCCGCCAAAGAGUCGUCCCUCAGAGCAGCACUACAUAAACCUGCCUCCAGCUGGCGCUGUUUACCAGCCGAUCAGAACAGCGCCACUGCACUCAUGUUCCCCCUUAGAGAUACAUCGGAGGUGAUCUCCUCUCCCCAGGCUUUUCCCCUCUUCUAAAAGGUUCUGGACUGGCUUCAGUAUUGAUGUAGUGGUCAUCAUUUGCAAAAGGCUCUAGUCUCCUCUUCAUUUCCUCUGUGUGCUGUUUCUUUGGUAUGUGAAUGAGUGAAACCGUUCUUAUAAGGCCUAGCUGACUCGACUCAUGCUAUCAUGCUGCUACCAUUUCAUUUCGCGUGAAUGCAACACACUGCUAGCGAGAGAAUGACAUAAGUUUGCGAUGAGGUAAAACAGAGGAGACACAUUUACUCAUUACGUUACCAACUGGCUUGCCGCAAAGUUAACCAAGCAACGGAAACGGUAAAUUUACAACUGACGUAACAGAACAUCGUCAACAUGAUGACGGUCUAACUUGAGCAGUUAUUUACACUAAUUCCGUUAAACCUGACGUUUGCUCAUAAAGUGCAAUGGGGAAAAAAAGUUGUUGUCUUAAUUUGACCUGUUUUUCAAAGUUCUACAUGUUUAAAUAAUAAAAAACAAACAUAAACAAAGUCAUUCAGAGUUGUUUGAAGUGAAAUGUUUCCUUGUAGAGAAACUUGCCAACUCUUUUCUUUACAGUGGUGCUGAUAGGAACCAGGGGUCACAAUGUCUACAACACAAAUAUAGCCACUUUAUUUACUGUCCAAAACCACCAGAGAACCUUUCGAGGUUUUUAUAUGUAAUGUAAAUAAUUAGAACAUAGUGCGAAUUUUUCUUUGGGGGACUAUUUAGCCUUAUAACACCUUGAAUGUAUCCUUCCACUAUGAAUGAAUGAAUUUCGUAAGCCAAACCUUCUCUAAAACUAUCGGAGGGAGCUUUUAGAGACAUUAAUCUUUUCUGGUUCCUGUCACCAUCACUGUGACCUGGUACGUUUUUCUGCAGCGGCAUUUCACAUCAAGCCACUCUGAAUGACUUUGUUUACAUCUUAACCACUUAAUUAUGUAGAAACUCCUAAAAAUCGGUGGAAUUCCACUGGAACGGACCUGCUGUCAGCUGGGCGACAGAUUAAGCUGAAACCUUCCAGUAGUAGAGCAGGCGUCCAUGAGACGUCAUCGUGCUAACGCUGGCUUCCUGGUGCUCCAGACGUGGCACAUUGCUUUUAAACUAGUUGCCAUGGUUGCCUCUGAGCCUGGGGGGUUGGACUUGCCCUUGUCCAGUGAUCUAGGACCUGCUUCUUUAAGCCAUGCUAUAGAAUAAUGCAUUACAAUAGGACAGUGCAAGACUGAGCUCUGAUCUGUGACCAGGGGGACAAAUCCACACUCUCCUACCCUAAAUGAGCAUCCCCAGAAAGCACCUGCGUCCACCUUGUGUCCAGUGAAAUGGGAUAGUUAGCAUUGUGAGCUGCCAUAUUUACAUUUUAUGAUCUGUAAUGGCAGUAGCUGAAUUUCCCCUUCAUAAUAAAUAUAUUUCAUAAAACAUCCAUCACAA